AUGAGUUCCUACUUUGUAAAUCCUCUUUUUUCCAAGUACAAAGGCGGUGAAUCGCUGGAGCCAACUUACUACGACUGCAGAUUUCCACAAAGUGUUAGCAGGAGCCAUGCUCUCGUAUAUGGUCCGGGCACUACUGCUCCCACCUUCCAGCACCCUUCACACCACGUCCAAGAGUUUUUCCACCACGGAACCUCCAGCAUCUCCAACUCUGGAUACCAGCAAAACCCAUGCGCCUUGGCGUGUCACGGAGACGCUUCUAAAUUCUAUGGAUAUGAAGCUCUACCGAGGCAAUCGCUUUAUGGUGCUCAGCAAGAGACGACUGUUGUACAAUAUCCUGACUGUAAAUCGUCUUCCAACAGUAACUCUAGCGAGGGACAAGGGCAUUUAAAUCAAAAUUCGUCUCCCAGUCUCAUGUUCCCAUGGAUGAGACCUCACGCUCCCGGAAGACGCAGUGGCAGACAAACUUACAGCCGGUACCAGACCCUGGAGUUAGAAAAGGAGUUCCUCUUCAACCCGUAUUUGACACGGAAGCGGCGGAUUGAGGUCUCUCACGCCCUGGGACUGACCGAGAGACAAGUGAAGAUCUGGUUCCAGAACAGGAGGAUGAAGUGGAAAAAAGAAAACAAUAAAGAUAAGCUGCCGGGGGCCAGGGACGAGGAGAAAACGGAAGAAGAAGGGAAUGAAGAAGAGGAAAAAGAAGAGGAGGAAAAAGAAGAAAGCAAGGACUGA